GUGGCUGCUGCCCCUGGAGGUUUGUGUAAAAUACAAACUGUAGAGGAAAGAAAAUAAGGGAUAAAAUAAACACUGUAUCUAUAUCUGUAGGUGUAUAUGAAGCCAUUUUUUCUUAAACAAAAAAUGGAUAUUGUGCUACUGUAAAUGGUCUUGUUUAAGAGCAGAGUAGUUGACUCUGGUUGCAGUGUUCAUCAAAACCAAAAACAAACUGUCUCUAUGGUGGCUGAUAUUAUCAAAGAAAGUUCUGAUUCAGUGACCUGAAAAUGAUUGUGUCCAGGAUGUGAGGGGUCUGCAGAGAUGUUAGACACUCUUUUCUUAACCCAAUACAGUAUUAGUAUUAGUGCACACAUAAUAGUGUGUCCACAAAUACUGUGGACACUACUAGGAGUAACCUUGAAGAAAGAGCACAGAGCAAGAUAAGUCACAGAAUUAAAGGAGAUCCAUAAGCGAAGUCCCACCCAGGACCACAUGGGUGUGGCGUUACCGCUGUAAGUUAGCACUCAGGCGCUGACAGACUGGGAGCAGACUCCUCUUGACCUGAUGAGGCUAGAUAAUUUGCAGGUUUGCUGGAGCCUACCCAGCCAGCUGUGCUCCCUGACGUCAUCUGAUGGAGAACUGGGGGAACUGAGAAGAAUGGUGAAACCCAGAUCCCAACAAGUGCUAGCUGUCGCUGCUCUGGAACCACAUGUGGAGCUGCAAACCGAACACGGCUGCUAUAUUUAAAGAAGGCAAAGCCGAACCUGGCUGCACAACUCAAAAAGAAAAUGUAAGCACAGACAACACAGCUGCAAUACACGUACAAAACUGGCAACGCCGCACAAACACAGAACCUAUGCUAGCUCAGGUGUGACUGCAACGUACUCAGAUAAAGGCAAGCUAGACACGGCUACACCACACACCAACACAGACAUAAGUUAAACAUGGCAGCUGCGAUGAGAGACACACACUCACAAACAAAACUCCAGUAGUUUGGAACUGGGCUUAACAGCGAAUAAGGGAAGCUGUUGUUACGCUCUACCUCCACGUCAAAGAAAAAAAACAAACUUAUCAGUUUACUAAUUUAUGUAUUGCUACAGCGUAGAGUCAGUAGAUGUGUACAUUACAUUUACAUUUCCCUGAUCUGAUCAGAAAAGCACAACCAUCACUUCUGCCAGUCUGACCUCAGAGUUCCAGUGUGUCGGUUCUCAAACCAGUGAGGAAAGCUGAAGUGAGGCCACAGAUGACGGAAAAUAAGAUGCACUGUUACAUCUUAAAUCUCAUUUUACAUUUUAGAGAGAAAAAGGGAACAUUUUGUUUUCAACAAUAAAUAAAAGUGCGCUGAAGUGAUGGACAUCAAACACUAACACUGUGGGAUCUGUGAUGCAGCAGUUUAUUCAUGUAUCUCUGACCUGCUCAUCACUGUCUGCAGCAGGUCCAAUAAGGGUCAUAAUUACCCUCUGGUUCAAGAAGUCAAAGUCCUGCUGAUCUGAUCUUCUGUGACUCCUGGAGCCUCAGGGGUCUGCUGGACUUUGAAGUCUCCUCUGCAGUAGAGGUUAUUCAGCUCUAUAAUAGGAUUGCUCCAUGUAAACUAAAAACAAAUUGAAGCAUCAUGCUGGACCUCAAACAACAUGUUCUCCACUCUUUAAACUCUCCCUCAGCCCCUUUUCUCUUUAGCACAGCUAAAACGCUCCUAACACUGACUCAGGAUUGGCUGAACUCAGGAGCUGUCUGUGUCCUGGAGAUGACCGUGUGUUGAGGCUCUUGACGCUCUGACUCCAUCUGCAGUCCAUGCUUUGCGAAUCUCCCUCAAGCUAUUCAGUGGGCUUUGCUUCUCAAUCCUUUCAAAGCUCUUCCUAUUUGUUGUGUAUUUUUCAAUCAAACUUUUUUCUUCCACUCAACUUUCCAAUAGCAUGCUCGGAUGCAGCAGUUCUGUGAACGGCCAGCUUCUUAAGGAAUGACCCUCUGAUCUGCAAUGGUCUUGUCAGCAGUCUUCACAAUCAUUUUAUAGCAUCACAUUCUGUGCCGAACAUUCUUAGAUUCUGAAAGUGAAAUACUCCCAUUUCCUGUGAUAUCUUGGGUUUUCAUUGGCCAUAGUUAAAAAGAACAAAUAAAAUGACUGAAAUGCAGAACUGUAGUAAGUUCCACUUUUUAAACUGAACUACCAAUGUCCAAAGAGCUGCUGCACCUGUGUGGGAUUUAUUUGGAGGUGGGUUUGACUGUUAUUACCUCACUGUCUGUCCGAACCUGACCCAGUAAAUUCAGACCCGCUCUCAGAGGACCGAACCUGACAGAACUCCACAGCCUCACCCACAGAUCACCUCCCUCCCUUGUAAACCGCGCGGAGUCCCGGUAACUGGGUCCACGGCGGCUGCGCGUGCGGCAGCUACCCUGCACGUGCGUGCGCAGUUUCUAUUUGCUCUCUUGGAGACGGUGAUCAGACCCAGUCCCGACCUGACCACGCGACCCGGAAACUGCUGAUGCAGAGCCGAUCCACCGGGAUGCUAACAGAGAGGAAACAGCAGGACAACUUCUACAUUUGAAUUUCCGCUUGUGUCAGACAUGCUUGUGAAGCUCCAUCAGACGUUCCUGAAUCCUGCUCAUGACCUGUGCUUCCUCUCUGCUUCCUCCUCCUCUUCUCUCCUUGUCCUCCUGUCAUCUCCGUUCUGAUCCCCUAUACGAGUUCAGCCACAGCCUCAGGCCUCCGAGUUGAACCCACCAACCCAUCCCAUCCGCUUCCCUCCCCGUCUUCCAUCCACCUGCCAUGUCUAACGACACAACCUUCUUGGAGGCCACUGAUUGGUUAGACACCUCCCAGUGCCCGCCCUCAGUAGGCGGCGCUACGUUCCUGAUUGUCGCAUACAGUGCAGUCAUCGCAAUCGGGUUGCUGGGCAACGCAGGCCUUGUAUUUAUCAUCACGCGGCAACAGGAGUUGCGCAACGUCACCAACAUCCUGAUCGCCAACCUGUCGUGCUCGGACAUCCUGAUGUGUGUGGUGUGUCUGCCGGUCACUGUCAUCUACACGCUGAUGGACCACUGGGUGCUGGGGGAGGCCCUGUGUAAGGUGACGCCCUUUGUCCAGUGCAUGUCUGUGACCGUGUCCAUCUUCUCCCUCGUGCUCAUCGCUCUGGAGCGCCACCAGCUGAUCCUCCACCCCACCGGCUGGACCCCCGCGGCCGGGCACUCCUACCUUGCGGUGGGCCUCACGUGGCUGGUUGGCUGCUUCAUCUCGCUGCCCUUCCUGUCCUUCAACAUCCUCACUAAUGACCCCUUCCAGAACAUCAGCCUGCCCUCCAACCCGUUCAGGGACCAUUUGAUCUGCAUGGAGUUGUGGCCGUCAGACAAACAUCGGCUUGCCUACACAACCUCGUUGCUGAUCUUCCAGUACUGCCUGCCUCUCCUUUUGGUGCUGCUCUGCUACCUGAGGAUCUUCAUCCGCCUGAGACGCCGCAGGUCACACAGCUACACUCUCCCUCAUGCACUUCAAAAGUCUUCUCACCACAGGGACAUGCUGGAGCGCAGCAGGAGGACUCGGGGAGCCCAGAGGAUCAAUGUCAUGCUGCUAGCCAUCGUCAUCGCGUUUGCUCUCUGCUGGCUCCCUCUGAAUGUCUUCAACACUCUGUUUGACUGGCAUCAUCAGGCCCUGCCGAAAUGUCAGCAUGACGCUGUCUUCUCCGCUUGCCACCUUACAGCCAUGGCCUCCACGUGCAUCAACCCCGUGGUGUACGGCUUCCUCAACAGCAACUUCCAGCGGGAGCUGAGGACGACGCUGCAGCGCUGCCAGUGUGGCACCCGGGCAGGCGAGAGCUAUGAGAGCUUCCCUUUGUCUACGGUGGGCAGCGAGGGCAUAACAAAGGCCACUUCGCUUAACAGGAUGGGAUCAGUGUGUGUCCCCUCACCCAGACCUGAGAUCAGCUCCGCUCUGCUGUCCAAAACAUUACCGGCUAACUUGUAACAAUGCGGACCGAAUAAUUCUUUGACAAGAUCCUAAGCGGAGUGGUUGUUAUUACAUCAGUUGUGUGUAACUGAUAAAGAUCAAUGUUGAGCCAGUUCAACACUGUCCUCACUUGAAUUUGGCUGAAAAUGGUCUAAUACUAUUUCAAGCUAAUAUUUGACAGCGUAUUGCUCUUGUUGUGACUGAUCAUCAUCUCAAAAGUUUGAAGACUGUGGAUGCAACUUGGAAGUCCAGAACCCCAAAACUGAGGAAGCUGAAAGACCUGGACUGUUCUGGUGUAAACCAUGCAACCCUCCUGGAAAGGUUCAGCUUUCCAGUUACAGCCGUUGUGACAGAUCAACCUCAUACCAGACAUUUUAAUGUUUUGGUGAAAAACACAUUUUACUGUUUACACACAUGAACAAAAUUGCUGGUACCCCACAAUCACCACUGAAAUAUCCUGAAACUGACUAAAGUAAAGAUGAAUAAAAAAAUGACUGAAAAUUAAAAAACAAAAAUCAGGGUUUGCUUCUGAAUUGUGAUUCACCAGAAUCAUUUUGAAAAUAAACUAAGGAAACCACAAUGAACCACAGGAAGCAAAGGAGAGAUUUGUCACAGGAGAUUAGAAAGAAAACAUGCUAAAGGUAAAGGCUACUGGAGCAUCUCUAAGCAGCUUGAUGCUAAAUUGUAUCAAUUAUUGAGGGUAAUUGAUGACAGGUUGAAGAGCAGAAGAAUACAAAUAGAAACCAAAGAGCCCAGAACAACCUCCAAGCAAAUUAAAGGUAGACUCCAUGGUCAAGGUCUAUCAGAUUGAACAAUACAUUUUGUCUGAGCCAAAGUGGACUUCAUGGGAGAAGUCACUGUUAAAACCAAAUCACCCAAAAGCGAGACUGGAAUUUGCUAUAUUGUAUAUUGACAAGACACAGCUCUCCUGGGAAAAUGUCCUCUGGACAAACGAGACAAUACUGGAUGUUUUUACCAAAGCGCAUCAGCUCUGCAUUCAGAGACCAAAAUUGAUUCAUACCAAAAAAAAAAACAUACUAUGAAACAUGGAGGACGCUCAGUUCUGAUCAGGGGCAGCUUUCCUACAUCUGUCAGUGGGUUCAGGACACAAUACAAUUGAGGCAUUUUGGACAAAACUCAACAACCUUGUCAGAAAACUUGGUCUCAGUUGCAGGUCAUGGGCCUUCCAACAGGACAACGGCCCAGACACAGCUAGAAACACCUAAGAAUGGCUAACAACGAAAUAUUGCACUAUUCUGUACCGGUCUGUUUCAAAUGGCUGGUACCAGUCGUUCACUAACAGAGGGAUACCAACAAGUUUGUCCACGUGAGUAACAGAUGAACAUGUUUGUAAGUGCUGAGGCUUUGUUUAUCAUCGUUCAUUCUUUAAAAUAUCUUUUUUGUGGCCUUUUUUUGAAAGUUAUCUGACAGGAAGAGGGCAGAGAGUAGCAGGCAGAGAUGAGUGUAGAAUUUGGGGUGACCAUGUUGAGAUCUCUUCCCUCUGUAUACGUUUGCGUUGCUGUAUUGGCAAAUGUUUUUUUUAUAUAUAUGUGGAAAGGAACAGCUUUUAAGCUUUUUAAGAAAAAAAUGCUAAAAGGAAAAAAAAACCAGCUAGAAAUUGGUUACAGUAUUCUUUCUCUGCAGAAAAUAAAUUAUGUUAUAGAUCAAACUCGCUACAUCAUUACGUCGGUUCAAUGCGUGUUACAAUUAUAGAGAGCAGGUUAGUUGUUUAUCAUUAUCUACACCACCAUAAGAUAAAUAGGGGAAUUAAUACCAUACCAGUACAAAUAUGAUAAAGUGCCAUAAAUUUGUUUUUUCCCAUUCGGACGUUGCAGCACAAACCAUGAUGUGUCAUCUGGUCCCGUUUGGAUACAUGAAAUGUUCUCAAUAAUUUCAGACUAUCAUAUUGUCACUUUCCUAAAAUGUCAUUUUUUGGCAGAAAGAUGAUUUAGAAAAAAAAAUCACUUUUGGAAAAAAACCAAAAAGAUGUAGGUCAUUAUUUCAGGAAGGUGACAUUAUUGCUUCUGUUGAAUUUGCAUAAUUAAGGUUAUCUUGUUUUGUAGCCUACAUCAGUGUUGUAAUACUCGAGAUGCUCUCGGACUCGACCGCAUUUGGUGUCGGUCUUGGUGACAAGUCGGUCUUGGCGCCCGAGACCGUACAGUACAGUGGCGCAAAAAGUGGGUAUGCACUUUAUGCAACGCAUGGGGGCGCUGCACUGAGGGGGCGCAAAAACGAUGUGGGGAAUUGUUUUUCUAGUCAGCAUUUUAUGUACUUAACAGCUGUUUGUGUAUGAAAUGAUCAAUAACAGAGGAACAGCACUGAUUAGGCGCCCCUAAGAUCCCAUACAGGUAGCGUGUGCAGCGGCCCUUCUAGAACUUGCUGAGGCGCGUUUUUUUUUUUCUUUUAAAUUUGAAUUGUAGGAACAGGGAGCUAAAGAUGGGGCACAGAAAAAAACU